CCUUUCUCCCCCCACGACUUGUGCUGUCUUGGUGGUUAAUACCACCUGCUGGAUAUUUUUGUUUUAUCUUUGCUACCUCCAGGCCUUAUUUACAACUGUAAUAGUGACGAAAUCGGCAUCAGCCCCUUCGAUUCUCUGAACCCCUCGGAGCGCGAAGGUCCCUUGUUCCCCGUUGCUCGCGACCUCAGCCGUCAUCUCCCGCCAUUAAAUCAAUAAGAUGGAGGACAACCCAGUCGUUUCCGGCGGCGCUGCCGAAGAAGUUCAGACGAACAUCGUUGCCCAGGAUGCUCCUGGUGAUGUGGUUAGUGCUUCCGAUGCUCCUGCUUCGCCGAAGCCUCAGGCUGCCGAUGGCGAACCCGAAGACGAGGAGAUGGGUGGCACAGAGACUGAGACCAAGAAGGAAAGCGAGGGCGAUGAAAUCGCUGAAGUCGCGGCGCAGUCGGGAGCUGAAGGCACAUCGGAGGAACAGCCUGCACAGUCUAAAGCUUCGGCUGAGACCUCCGCGCGCACACAUCUCGUUUCACAGACCCAUGCCAUCAUUCUUCCUAGCUAUACAUCCUGGUUCGACAUGCACCUGAUCCACCCCAUCGAGAAGAAAGCUCUCGCCGAAUUCUUCAACGGUCGAAACCGCAGCAAGACCCCCGCAGUAUACAAGGACUACCGUGACUUCAUGAUCAACACAUACAGACUCAAUCCUAUCGAGUACCUCACAGUCACUGCAUGCCGCCGCAACCUUGCCGGAGAUGUGUGCGCCAUUAUGCGUGUUCACUCUUUCCUCGAGCAGUGGGGUUUGAUCAACUAUCAAGUCGAUCCUCAGACGCGCCCAUCGAACAUUGGUCCCCCUUUCACAGGUCACUUCCGAGUGGUUGCUGAUACGCCGAGGGGUCUGCAACCUUUCCAGCCCGGCCCCAAUCACUUCGUUAAGCCUGGCAAGCCUCUGCCCGCUACCGACCGCGCAGCAUCAGCUACGCCUGCUACCAAGGCCGAUCUUAACCUCGAGAUCCGUCGCAACGUUUACGAUGACAAGGGCAAAGAAAUUACACCUGCCAGCGAAGACAAGGAGAAGCAGACCAACGGCGAGGGCGCCGCCGCUAACGGCACACCUGCCGAUGCAGCGACCAAGGCAAUGGAGAGCGCCAGCAAGGAGCCAAGAAAGAAGUUCCAUUGCUUCUCCUGUGGUAUCGACUGCACCCGCCUUAGAUUCCACUACGCCAAAUCAACGCCUGCCACGGCAAAUCCCGCGUCUGACAGCAAGUACGACCUCUGUCCAAACUGCUUCCUCCAGGGCAGAAUGCCUUCUAGCCACAAUGCCUCCGAUUUCGUCAAACUCGAAGAAAGCCCCUAUACAAUCGCCCCCGAUAAAGAUGCUCCGUGGUCUGACUCGGAACUCAUUCUCCUUCUCGAAGGCCUGGAGAAUUUCGAUGACAAUUGGGAACAGAUCGCCAACCACGUCGGCUCGAGGACCAAGGAGGAGUGUGUAAUGAAGUUUCUGCAGCUCGAAAUUGAGGACAAAUAUCUUGAAGAUACCCCAGAAGUCCGGGCGUCGGCUGGACGCGACCCGAUCAGUCAGUCCGAGAAUCCGGUUCUUUCUGUGGUCGCUUUCCUGGCCCAAAUGGCGGAGCCCUCUGUGGCUGCUGCCGCGGCCGGACGUUCCGUAGAGGAGAUCCGCAAGGAGCUCAGAAAGCAACUUGAGAAGGCCUCCGGAGCCGAGAAGAUGACUCAAGACAAGGGCAAGGAGAAGGAGAGCACAGUGAAAGCCGAGGAUUCCAUGGAGGUUGAUGCUGUUCGCGAGGAAUCCGCCGCCGAGACCGCCCAGAGCACGGAUGCCAACAAGGAAGGUAAAGCCACUCUUCCUACCGUUGCCCUUGCGGCCUCUGCCGCCCGCGCUGGAGCCUUGGCCUCUCACGAAGAACGGGAAAUGACCCGCCUGGUCUCAGCCGCGGUGAACGUGACGCUCCAGAAGUUCGAGAUCAAGUUGCAGCAGUUCAAUGAAAUGGAGGAGAUCAUUGAGGCUGAGCGCCGCGAGCUUGAGCUUGCUCGCCAACAGCUUUUCUUGGACAGAAUGGCCUUCAAGAAGAGAGUCAAAGAGGUUCAAGACACCCUCCAAUCAGUCAGCCUGAAGGGCCCUGGUGAGGAGACCAACGCUUUGCUCGCCGAUGCUGCCACGGCAGGCAUUGGAAACCGGUACAACUUUCAGCCCACGGGCGCUGAUGCUAGCCGGGGGGUGCAACCCCUGAGUGCAGAGGCAGGCGCCGACUACAAGGCCUUGGACUUGUAAUGAGAUCUUAAUUUCCGCAUAAACGCCUUACAUUGUUGGACACGUCUUUUGAGUGGCGAAGAAUAUCUACUGAAAUCUGAUUCUUCUUACUGUCGUCAUGACCUGGACAGGAAAGCUGAAAGGCGGUGUUAUCUUUUCAUAAUAACCAAUUGUAUCAUGUACAAUAUUACAGGGGGAGCCGAGAAGAAGCCAAUGAGCACCAGGAUGCCUGCCAGGGAGUUUGUUGGAGAUAGGCUUGGGGUAGGGUAGAAGCAAAGCGCGGCUUUGGUGAUGAUUGAUGGGUUCACAAUGGGUUGAUUCUUUCUCUUGCGUCUUUGUUACUAGGUAGGAAAAGGCGCACAUGAUCGUUUUUUUUUGGAGUUCCGAGCUGUUCUUGCGCCUGCAAGUCAAUGAAUGCAC